UCCAUCUUUUAAAUAUUGUUUUCUCCUUCCCGGCUCUAUUGUAAAAUCACAUAUUUCGAAGACCCUUUCCAUCUCUGUUAUACUUCCAUCAAAUGUACUACUACCAUAGUGAAAACCAGAAAGUGGAUGCUAUUUCUCUCACAAAACUCAUGUCAAGUCAAAACAAGUACUUCCCGGAGCCAAGAAGCGACUAGUAUAGACUAUAGAUUACAAGAAAAUGAAGCUAUUGUUGUUGAAAUUCAUGGUUUUCUUAUCAUACAUCAUCUUAGGAGAAUCUACAUGCAACAUCACUACAGACCAAGAUCUACUUAACAAAGCCUUCAGCUCAGUCUCUGGCUUCGAUUCCUCCUGGUUUACACCGCAUGAUCCCAACUGUAAAACCCCAAAUAUUCUAACCAGCAUAAAUCUCUCAUCACGAAAUCUAAAUGGCUCUGUUUCCUGGAAGUAUCUCAAGAACAUGUCUCAUCUUCAAUCAAUUGAUUUCUCCAACAAUUUCCUCAAGGGCCAUGUUCCAAGCUGGUUUUGGUCUCUACCAACCUUAGUCGAGAUCAACCUAUCCAAGAACAUGCUAGUUGGUACCAUUGGAUUCAGAAUGGGCUCAUAUUUUGGUCAAUUUUCGUCGAUGAGAUUCCUCAAUUUGUCCCAAAAUAGGUUCACAAACUUGGUCAAUCUCUCCGUUUUCCCUAAGCUCACCACACUUGACCUUUCACAUAACAAACUCGGAAUCUUGCCUCCUGGUCUCAACAUGCUCAAAAAUCUACAACAUCUCGACAUCUCAAAGUGUAACAUUUCAGGUAACCUAAAUGCUAUUUCGAAUCUCAACACAUUACAUUACUUGGAUGUUUCGAUAAACCAUAUGAAUGGAAAAUUUCCUUCUGAUUUUCCCCCACUUUCUAACCUCAAGUUCUUGAACAUUUCACUAAAUAAUUUCAGUGGCCAUAUUACCUCAGUCAAUAUCCAAAAAUUUGGCCCCUCAGCCUUUAUCCAUGCCGGAAAAUUUAACGUGACUAAAGUACCACAUUCAAUACCAUACAGACCACACAAAAAAAGACACAAAUCAAGACACAAAAAUUUUGUUUUGGCCAUAUCAGUUUCAUCCAUAAUCUUAUUCCUGGCCAUGUUGAUAUACAUUUUUCGUAUUUGUAAGAAAAGAAAACUGGCCAAGAAAAACAAAUGGGAAAUCCCGAAACCAACUCAGAUAUCGUCUAGUAAUGUAGAGGUAUCAGGGCCUUUUUCAUUUGAAACAGAGUCGGGGGCCUCAUGGGUUGCUGAUGUAGUAGAACCAUCUUCAGCCCCUGUAGUCAUGUUCGAAAAGCCAUUGAUGAACUAUCUCACCUUCAAGGACUUGCUUGCUGCCACAUCACAUUUCGGGAGAGAGUCGUUGCUAGCAGAAGGCCGUCGUGGGCCUGUUUACAGAGCUGUCCUGCCAGGUGACCUCCAUGUUGCAAUCAAAGUGUUGGAGAGUGCUAGAGAUGUUGAUUGUGAUGAAAUGAAGGCCGUGUUUGAUGACAUCUCGACGCUUAAACAUCCAAAUCUGUUGCCUAUCUCUGGUUACUGCAUUGCAGGCAACGAGAAGUUAGUGUUGUACGAAUUUAUUUCCAAUGGAAAUCUUCAUGAAUGGCUUCACGAGCUACCAGCAGGUGAAACCAACAUAGAGGAUUGGAGCACAGACACCUGGGAGCACAUGAACGAAAUCGAAAGCACACCCCGCAUUUCAUCGCCGGACAAAACGGAGUGGCUCACACGCCACCGCAUCGCGGUGGGGAUAGCCCGUGGACUCGCUUACCUCCACCACGGCUGCUCCAAGCCCCUGGUGCAUGACCACUUAGUCACUUCUAAUAUCUUACUCUCAGAUGACUUGGAGCUAGGGAUGCCCAAAAUUGCUGACUUUGGAAUAUUAAGUCAAGGUGGGGUCAGUGGGUCCCUCGAGGAUGACGUGUAUGAUUUUGGUAAAAUAUUGAUCGAGUUGUUGACUGGUGAAGUCAGCUCGGAGGAGAGUGUGGAGGAAGUGAGGAGAUUGGUUAAAGAGGGUCUUGGGGUGAACGUGUUGGACUCGAGGUUGAGACUCGGGAGUGAGUCACUGAGUGAGAUGGUGGAGUGUCUCCGAGUUGGGUACUUGUGCACGGCGGAGGUGUGUUGGAAAAGGCCUACCAUGCAACAAGUGUUGGGUCAGUUAAAAAAUGUGCAUCAUCUCAGAGAGAAUCAUCUCUAAAAUUUUCUUCUUAUAAGUCGUAAAGAAAUAUUAGUCAAUCUUGUUAGGGAUGUAUUUGAUUCAAGUCUCAAGGUACUAAUAGUGAUGUAUGAAUCUAUAAUUUGUAGUAAAAUCUACCGAAUAUCAUGAAGUUGAG